UCCAAUACUAACUACCGUUGCUCCCAGGUGAAUGCCAAACAAACCGAUUUCAAUCGUCCGCUAGAUUUCAAGCCGCUAAAAUGGCCAAUGUGCGCUGUUUGCAGAAGCUGAUUCGCCUGCAGAAGCUGCUGCUGCCCCUCAAUGCACAAAGCCCCCGCCAGCUGGCUUCCCUGCAGCCCAGACCCUUAACCUUCCUGCUGGCAAGGAGGAACUAUGCCAGCGAUGAGAAGACAACCACCAAUCUGAAUGACUUUCGGGCACGUGAAGAGCAGCGCGAGAAGGAACGUGAUGCCGCCGAUGAGGCGGCGGCUAAGGCCGCACAAAAAGAGGCAGGCACGACGGGCGGAACAGGCAGUGGAGGCAGUGGACAACAGGAUGAUGCUAAACAGGCCAAAGUCGAUGCCAUAAGAGUCAAGAUACUGGACGCCGCCCUGCAGCAUGUCCCACAGCACGGCUGGACACGACAGGCCAUUGUCCAGGGCGCCGAGGACAGUGGCUAUCCCAGCGUGAUUCACGGCAUGUUCCCCGAAGGCGGCUUUGCCCUGGUCUCCCACUUCAACGGCAAGUGUAAUGCCCAGCUGGUUGCAAGCCUGGAGCAAAAGACAGAUAGUGGUAAGCUGGAGGUGGAGAAUCCUCUGGACUUUCUGGUGCAGGCGGUACGCCAGCGUCUGGAGAUGGUUGCCCCCUAUAAGGCGCAGUGGCCGCAGGCGAUGGGUUUGAUAGCGCAGCCGCAAAAUGCGCCCACAGCUCUGGCCCAGGUGCUGACCCUGGUGGAUGACAUAUGUUACUAUUCCGGGGAUCGAUCCGUUGAUUUUGGUUGGUACACCAGACGAGUGGGUUUGGCCACCAUCAUGAAGAUGACUGAGCUGUACUUCCUGCAGGAUACCUCACCAGGAAAUGCCCAGACCUGGGAGUUCCUUAAGAACCGCAUGGACGAGGCUGUACAGCUGCAGAUGAUGCUCUCGCAAACGGAGGGCAUGACGCACACGUUCCAGCGUUCCUUCAACUCGGCGUUCAUAACGGCGCGUAAUAUACUCGGUCUGGGCUAUAACCGUAACUAGCAGGGAAGCUUAAGGAUUCAGCGAGUCCUUACGUCUAGCAAGCCGCAUGCAGUCCAAAGAUGAAUGAAUAAUUCAGGUGGAGGAGACCCACCUUAAGAUCUACACUUAUGUUUAAAAUCCCUAUGUAUAUACUGUGCAUAAAGGUAAACCUUUGUACGAUAAA